AUGCCAACCGUCGUUAAAGAAGAAGAAGAAGAAGAAGAAGAAGAAGAAGAAGAAGAAGCAGCAGCAGCAGCAGCGGAAGCAGAAGCAGAAGCAGCAGCUUCUUUCAAGGUGAUCGGAUGUCCUUACUCUUCGCCGGUUGGCUGUCACCUCAAAAUGUCUACAAUCCAGUUAUUGAGAGCGUACGUCAAUCAGCGAUUGACUGUGGUUGUUGAGGAAAUAAUCGAGAUGUUUGAAAGAACAAUAACCGAGUACCAGGAGGAAAUCGAUCGCCAACGCAGGCUGCUGGGAGCUGAGCAGCAGCCCGGCAUCAAGAUAAUGUUAAACAACGGAACAGGUGUGUCUGAGGGCAUCCAGCCACUGAUUGUCAAUGCAAAGAUUCCCCCUGAACAGCAGGAGUUGAACCCCAGUCUGGACCAGGAGGCCCCAGAGCUCCCAUGCAUUAAACAGGAACCAGAGGAAGUCUGGACCAGACAGGGGCUUCAUGGGCUGGAGAGGGCUGAUAUCCUAGAGUUCCAGUUCCCUCCUGUCUCUGUGAAGAGUGAAGAUGAUGAAGAGAAUCCUCUGUCAUCACUGUUUAAUCAAAGACAAACUGAAGAGCACAAAGAGGAAGAUCCUCCAGCCAGCAGUCCAGCUCAACAGAUAGAAGAUGGAGCUGUUGGAGAGGACUGUAGAGGAUCAGAACCAGCCUUUGACUUGGAUGUAGCUGGUUUUUUAAAAGCAACAAGCGAUGGUCAGUUUUUCCUUUCACAGUGUUUUAAAACUGAGACUGAAGGCUUAGAUGUUGACUGGAACCAGAUUAUUGAAUCUAAGCCAUUUUCAGACAGACUGAAACACAAUGAAACUGUGUCUCAUAAGAGGUCUCAUAAUCAGAAAAAACUUUAUAAAUGCCCAGUAUGUAGCAAAACAUUUAAGCACAACACAGCUCUGCAGAGACACAUAACAUGUCAUACAGGGGAAAGGCCAUUUGACUGUACUGAGUGUGGUAAGACAUUUAAGCAAAAGGGAAGUUUGCACAUACACAUGAGAAAACACACCGGAGAAAAGCCCUUUAGUUGCUUAGUUUGUGGCAAAAACUUCACCCAGAGUGGAACAUUAGCUGCACACAUGAGAAUUCAUACUGGAGAGAAGCCUUUCAGCUGCUCAGUUUGUAAGAAAAGGUACAAUGAAAGAGGGACACUGGUCAGACACAUGAGAGUCCACACUGGAGAGAAACCAUUUACUUGCUCACUUUGCGGUAAAAGAUUUAGUGAAAAGGGAAAUCUGAAUAAACAUAAGAGAAUCCACACAGGAGAGAAACCAUUCAGUUGCAGUGAAUGUGAGAAAAAGUUUAGUUUGCUGUCACACCUCAAAAACCACAAAUGUCCUGGUAAGAAGAGCAGUGAAGCUUAGAGCAGGUGAUUCAACUGAAAUGUCCAAAAGUUACAGUACAAUUAACCAGACAUAUGAAUCAGUCAGGAGGAAUCCCUUUAAUCAGUGUUGUCUUUUCACUUUUCUCUAGUGUUAAAUAGACCAAAUGAUGUCAUAAACAUGUGAUCUUCUGCCUUCAGAUGGCUGCAGGGAUUUAAUUAACCAAAGGGGAAGCUUUUCAUACAAUAUAAAGCAGCUGUGGACAACAGAUACUGUAAAUUCUUACAUACUAAUUUAUAGAUAAAUGCAGAAUGAUUUAACAACAUUCCUGCUUUAAUCACAUUAAAGGUUAUUUUUUUAUGCUGAUUUAAACAUCUACUGGUUGGAGAGUGUUUAAUCAACUUUUAUUUUACAUUUCAAGCAUUAUUCCAUUGUUGCUGCACAUUUGCUCCAAAUAUUUAGUUUGCUCUUUACACAAAAUUACCACAAUGGAGGUGGAUUGCGCUAGAAACAGAUGUGUGUCUGAGACAUGUAUUCUUAGCGCAACAUCUAAGACUGAAUUUCCACCAAAAUACUAACGACUCAUUUGCCUCAUUCGAAUGAACCUCCCACCUGUUUGCUCCUUAUUUUUGCUUGGGGAGGGAUUUUGCCCACACAGGCCACUCCCCACAGUGAGAGUGUAUGCUGUUCUUUGUGACUGUGUAGCACUUCUCUGCACUAUAUUUAAAUGUGUCCUAGUUAUUGUAUUUGUGCAACACUUUUUUUCACAGUAACUGCCAGUAGCAUCUGUGUGUUGUCCCGUAAAAGUAAAAAUGGGCUUCUCAGAGAUAAAAUGACAAAUGAGUGACAUAGGUUAUCCAUUUUCCCCUCUAUCUCAUUUCUCUAUCUUUUUUUCUUGCACUUACAGGUGGCAGAGGAAUGGGGGCACCUUAAAAAGGCUUAAUCUGUUUUAUAAUAUUACAGAUUAAAAUGUAUCAAUUUCUCUUUAAAGGGGACCUAUUAUGCUUUCCCUUAUUUUCUGUUAUAUCUAUAUGUUGCAAUGUCGGAUGUUCAUAUUAAACAUGUCUAAAAAGUUUCAAAUAAUGAGGUAAACGUAUGUAAAAGUAAUAUCUGUGAGCAAAAAGCUCAGGCUUCAGAAUGCUCUGAGGACUAGAUUUCCAAUGGUUUUUUUUUUGUCAGCUUGGCACAGAUGUCCUUAUACGGUCAUCUGCUCAUGAUCUGCUCCAGGCACAGCACACCCACGAAGUACAGGGAUGCGCUCAGUCUGUCUUAAGUUAUUCAACCGCUCUGCUCAGGACUACUCUUCGGUUUUAUAAGGACCCGGUUGCAAAUUUCUCAAAACCCGAAAAUCAGUAAGGUCUAUGCUUAUCAAUACUGCUAUCGAGACUAGCGGGUCCUAACGUUAUGUCUCGAGAGUCAUGUCAUUUAAAUGUCAUAAAAAUCACUGGUGCACAAACAUUGAUUGUUUAACGUUUAGUUAUACGUUAUGUUGAAGGCCCAGUGUAUUUCUUUUCAAAUUAAUGGCCAGCGUUUAUUGAAGGCUAGGCAAAUUUCAUUCUGUUCAGAAAUCAAACAGUCACAGACUCACAGUUAAGCAAUAAGAAUUUCUGUUAAGAAUUUAUUGUCGUCUUGUCUUUCCACCAAAUUAAUAGAAAAGUAUCGAUAGUGGUAUCGCUAAAGACUUUGAUCGUUAAGUCUCAAAUGGUAUCAAUAAAAAUUAACAAUCCCCAUCCCUACUCUUCGGGCCCUAUUUAAACAAUCUAUAGCGCAUGGUAUAAAGUGCAUAGCGCAAGUGCAUUUUUGGGCGUGUCCAAAUUUUUUGUAUUUAAUCUUAAUUAAUCAUAGGUUUGUUUUGGGCGUAACAUGAAUUAAACAAAUCAGAGUGUCAUCUCCCAUUCCCUUUUUAAAAGCCAGGUGUACCUGGUGCAUUGCUAUUUGGAGAAGUUGGAGAAGUGAAUGGUUUUCUGCUGAGGAAACAGAUCUGCUUGUGCGUGAAGUGGAAGUGCAUAAGCAGACCGUCUACCAAAGCUCCCUGAGGUGAAGCAGGCAUGGGAAGAGGUAGCGGUGAGCAUGUCAUCAUUUUGUCACAAGUCGACCCACAUCACAACGGAACAUCACCCGACCGGAGGACCACCCAUUCCUGGAAAUCCAGUAGGCCCGAUCCAUCACAUGCAGACACUCCUCGACCUGCUGCUCCUCGACCCUCCUGUGGCCAGCCCUGUUGUGGUGCUCCCCACCUGUGAACCUGGGGAGGAAGAAGACCACCAGCCUAAAAUAGUUUUUACCAAUAUAUUUUAGUAUUUUUCAUUAUUAGAUUUUUUUUCAUUUUUUUCGUUUUGAAAAUUUUGUUUUCAAUUCAGUUUAGCUUCAGUUACGUUCCAGAGUGGUUCCAGAGUUAGUUUAGUUUUUAUUGUUUAAAAAUGUUUCGGUUUAGUUUUUUAUUGACUCACAGUCAUGUAGACAUCCCAGUCUCAAUAAACAUAUGAACCAAUUCCUCCUCAUGCUUCUAA